CUUCUGCAGUGUGACCUCCCUGAAACUUGGCAGCUCCUUUAGUCUGGAUGUUGAUGGCAGGACAAAGAGGAGCCUGCACCAUGAGCGACGACGUGGUAGAGAGGAGCUUGGAAGGACCCUCAGCACCCACUACAGACAAUUCCUCCCAGAAAGGGGGAGACUCGGUGGAAAUAAUAAAUGGGGAGAAGGUAAAAUUUGACGACACAAGGCUUUCCUUAAUUCUUCAGAACGGCCUGGAGACCCUCCGAGAGGAAAAUGCUUUGACAGAUGUUAUCUUGUGUGUGGACAUUCAAGAAUUUUCUUGCCAUCGUGUGGUGCUUGCUGCAGCCAGCAACUAUUUCAGGGCCAUGUUCUGCAACGACUUAAAGGAAAAGUAUGAGAAGAGGAUCGUUAUUAAAGGGGUGGAUGCUGAGACCAUGCACACUCUGCUGAGCUACACAUAUACAAGCAAAGCUCUGAUCACCAAGCACAAUGUUCAGCGGGUUCUGGAAGCUGCCAACCUUUUCCAGUUUCUGCAGCUGGUGGAUGCCUGUGCCACCUUCCUCACAGAAGCCUUGAACCCAGAAAAUUGUAUUGGAAUACUGAGACUGGCAGAUACACACUCCUUGGAAGGUUUAAAGAUGCAAGUUCAAAGUUACAUCAUUCAAAACUUCGUUCAGAUUCUGAACUCUGAGGAGUUCCUGGAACUCCCGGUGGAUACCUUGUAUCACAUCUUGAAGAGUGAUGACCUUUGUGUGACUGAGGAGGCUCAAGUGUUUGAGACAGUGAUGAACUGGGUCCGGCACAAACAGUCAGAGAGACUCUGCCUACUUCCUUGUGUUUUGGAGAAUGUGCGCUUACCACUUCUGGACCCGUGGUACUUUGUGGAGAUGGUUGAAGCAGACCCUCUCAUUAGACAGUGUCCCGAGGUCUUCCCACUGCUUCAGGAAGCCCGGAUGUACCACCUUUCUGGCAAUGAGAUUAUUUCAGAGCGCACCAAGCCCAGGAUGCAUGAGUUCCAAUCUGAAGUGUUCAUGAUUAUUGGUGGCUGCACAAAAGAUGAACGAUUUGUGGCAGAGGUAACCUGCCUGGAUCCCCUGAGGCGCAGUCGCCUGGAGGUGGCCAAGCUCCCACUGACAGAGCAUGAGCUGGAGAGUGAGAAUAAGAAGUGGGUGGAGUUUGCCUGUGUGACAUUAAAAAAUGAGGUCUACAUCUCAGGUGGCAAAGAAACACAGCAUGAUGUUUGGAAAUAUAAUUCUUCAAUCAACAAAUGGAUUCAGAUUGAAUAUUUAAACAUAGGCCGCUGGAGGCAUAAGAUGGUCGUAUUGGGUGGCAAAGUCUAUGUAAUUGGGGGUUUUGAUGGCUUACAAAGGAUCAACAAUGUGGAGACUUAUGACCCCUUCCACAACUGCUGGUCAGAGGCUGCACCCCUCCUUGUCCAUGUCAGUUCCUUUGCGGCUGCUAGCCACAAGAAGAAGCUGUACGUCAUUGGAGGAGGACCCAAUGGGAAGCUGGCUACAGACAAGACUCAGUGUUAUGAUCCUUCUACCAAUAAAUGGAUUUUUAAGUCACCCAUGCCAGUAGAAGCUAAAUGCAUCAAUGCAGUGAGUUUCCAGGAUCACAUCUAUGUUGUUGGCGGUGCCAUGAGAGCGCUUUAUGCCUACAGCCCUCUGGAAGACAGCUGGUGUUUGGUGACACAGUUCAGUCAUGAGCGAGCCAGCUGUGGCAUUGCACCCUGCAACAACAGGCUGUAUAUCACUGGUGGGAGGGAUGAGAAGAAUGAGGUCAUUGCCACUGUGCUCUGCUGGGACCCUGAGUCUCAGAAGAUGACGGAGGAAUGUGUCCUGCCACGGGGAGUGUCCCACCAUGGCAGCGUUACCAUCAGGAAGUCAUAUACUCACAUCCGGCGGGUUGUGCCUGGAGCUGUGUCUGUGUGACUGGAAAGGGAAUCAGGAAGGUACCCUGAAGUCUCUGAGCACUGACUCUGUACCCCAGCUUGCUCAGGUCCUUGUGAAUCUCAGGCUUGGCUUGGGUUUAAGUCUCAUCAUGGGGCACCUAGGAAGCUUCAGCUUUCAGACCAUCUGAGAAUUCUUGUGUGACCUACCUCAGGAUGAAGGGUAAUGUUUAACAUUCCAUACAUGCCUACUUACCCUGGUCUGUGCCAGGCAUUUAUCCAUGGUAAUUCACUUAACUAUGGUAAUGACCUGCUGCCAGAUAGUAUUGUGCCUAUCUUAGAGUUGAAGUAAGGAAUUUCAGACAGGCCAAUCUUCAUCCGGUCACUCAGAGAGCGAGUAGCUCAGCCAGAAUAAAGCCAGGUCUAGCCAUGUCAGUCAGUGUCUUUCUCAUCACAUUGCUUAACUCAGAGAGGAAAACCGAAUGCCAACCCCAAACUUGGCUAGUGUCUUUUUCUGGCAACUUUGUUGAAGCAAAGGGAAUAAAAGUGUUUUCCUGUGCUGUCUUCCUCUUAUUCCUUGUCCGUAUGAGAUCACUGACUGGUCUUGGCAGCCUUUGGAGCACUUGUCAACAGCAUCUCUGAUCAUCUCCCAUCAGACUCUGUUGGGACUAGUCUGGGAAGGUCCAUUUGUUUUGAAAAAGGUGAAAGAUGUGUUCUGUUUACCCCCACAUUGUAACUGUUGUUUUUGAUUAUAGGAUGAACCAUUUUUUUAGAUUAGAACUAUCACUGCCAGUUAGUGGCUGGGAGUGGCUCAGUAGAUAGAACACUUGCUAUAGCCAGUUAGUGGUGGCUCAGUGGAUAAAGUACUUGCUGUACAAUCGUGAGGACCAGUGUAAGAGCUCUGGAGUCCACAUGAAAGCUGAGCAGGCAUGGUAGCUGCCUGCAAUCUCAGUGCUUGGGAAACAGAGACAGGCAUUCUCCAGGGAAACCUGGGAAGUUAGGUCAGUUAGAGUUGGUGACUCCAGUUCAAGAGACCCUGUGUCAGUAAAUGAAAAUGGACCAUGAUUGCCUGGAAGAGGGCUUAGCAGUGAAAAGUAGAGUAUGACUGAGGUAGCCAUUUGACAUCAACUUUGGGCCUUCACACUUGUGAAUAUAUCCAUACCACACACACAUUAAAAAAUAAAAUUGAAUUAAAAAUUAAAAUAAAAA